AUGGCAGCCCCGUCAAGCCUCACAAUUGUGAUCAAACUAGGAACGAGUUCAAUCGUUGACGAAAAGACACACGAGCCAAUUUUGUCCAUCUUAACAUUGAUCGUUGAAACAGUAGCCAAGCUACACAGAGAUGGCCACCGGGUUGUCCUUGUAUCGUCUGGCGCAGUGGGUGUUGGUCUUCGCAGAAUGGAUGUGGACGAAAGACCAACAUAUCUUCCACGGAUACAAGCACUCGCUGCAGUUGGCCAGUGUAGGCUGAUGAGUCUUUGGGACAAUCUCUUUUCGCAUCUCCGCGUCCCGGUGGCCCAAAUCCUUCUAACGAGAAAUGAUAUUGCAGAUAGGACCCAAUAUGUCAACGCCCAAAAUACCUUUGGACAGCUGUUCGACAUGGGCGUGAUUCCUAUUGUGAACGAAAAUGAUACCCUGGCUGUUUCUGAAAUUAAAUUUGGCGACAACGAUACCCUUUCUGCGAUUACAGCGGCCAUGGUCAAAGCCGAUUACCUUUUCUUGAUGACCGACGUCGAUUGUCUUUAUACUGCAAACCCCCGAAAUAAUCCUGACGCAAAACCUAUUGAAGUUGUAUCCGACAUUGCCUCUCUUGAGGCCGAUGUCUCAUCGGCUGGCUCCUCUCUUGGAACUGGAGGCAUGAGUACGAAGAUUGUGGCUGCCAAACUGGGAACCAGUGCUGGCGUAACAACCGUUAUUACCAAGAGCUCCAAACCAGGCAACGUUCACGAGAUCGUGAAGUAUCUGCAACACGUUGAGGCUCGCUCUAAUGGCACGGCAAAUGAACAAGAUGCCCCAACAGCCCCUCUCCAUACCCGAUUUCUUCGGUCUGGUACGCCGGUUCAAUCACGAACCUUCUGGCUGCUCCACGGGCUCUACCCACACGGUACUUUGUUUAUCGAUCACGGAGCCUACAAUGCCCUCUUGAACAAGGCGAACCUGCUUCCAGCUGGAGUGGUGGGAGUUGAGGGUCAUUUCGGCCAACAGGAGGCUGUUCGCUUAGUUGUUGUUGAGCGUCCAUCUCCCGACGCUCUCAACGGUGACUUUUACCACCACGCUCAGGAGCCUAAGGAAGUUGGUCGGGCCUUGGUGAACUAUGGCAGCCUUGAGAUUGCGCAUAUCAAGGGACACCGCAGCACCGAGAUUGAGACACUACUUGGCUAUGCCGACAGUGAUUACGUGGCAAUGCGGGAGAACAUUUCGUUCCACCCUGAGGAUAUCGUCAGUCAUCCGGUGACACCAUCAUUAACGCCGGCUCUGGAUGAGUGGAAGUAA